UCUCCGAUGAGAGCGAGAGAGAGCCUCUUCGACGACAUAGCCAGUUUCCGCCUCUCUUUCCACUUCGUGCCUGACUCCAAUUCGCAUCCUCGCCUCGCCCUCGCCCUCGCCCUUCCCUCCUCGUCCCGCUCUCGCCAUUCCUUAGUUCAUUUCUCGUCGCUGCAUCCGCUAUCGGCAUGGCGCAGAGGCAUACGAUUAUCUUGAUUCAACCUACUACUAACCGGGCAACUCGCACCUUCAUGGACUACGAGUCUGUCCCAGCUGCUAUGGAUGGUAUUUGUGGACAAUUUGAAAAGAGGUUGAAAGAGGCAAAUCCUAAUCUACGGAAUAUCACUUACGACGUGUCCGACUUGUACAAAUAUAUUGAAGCUCUCACUGACCUGAGCGCCCUUGUGUUUGAUCCAGCCAUUCUAGCUUAUGCACCUUUCGAUCGAUCCUGGAUCAAGCAGCAGGCUUUCCAACGGCUGAAGAGGCUUGCCAAGAAUUAGAAUCGGUAAACUCCCGGCUCUUCGUGUGGGAAGGCUGCAGAUAAGUGAAAGCUAUCAUGGAGCCUGUUAUGGUCGUAGUGGAAGAUAAUACACACGACAGAUCUGACCUUGGGGUCCCGCGAACUAUUGGUCGUUAACAGGGUUAUAUAUUUUGGACAGUGUUAUUUGUAUCUGAUUUUCAACAUGUAACAUUUGCAAGGAGUCUCCCGAUUUCUGUAGGACCCCUAAGCUCCUGUAUGGAUUUUCAACUUUCAAUACGCUCCAGAUUGAUAUAGGCCUGGGGUGAGUGGAAGAGCUCCGUUUUAAUCUAUCUGCAAUGUACUUAAGCGAUGGUUUUGAGCCGGUUUUGAACCGGUUACAACAAAUAUGAUACAUGGUUCAGAAACAUAUCACUCAGUUUUGAA